AUGGCGGAGCUCGUAGAAGAGCGGGAUGUUGGCCUCCGACACUAUGCGCUGCUGAGUCCUUCCGCCAGCGGGGCCACAAAGAAUUGGCUCCGGUGUUCUUCGGCAUCGUUGCCGUGUCCUCCGGAGGAGCCUCGGCGAGAGGUGCCUCCUCUGGAUUCCUGGAGGGCCUUAGCAAGCACUCUGAUCCUCGCUUCCUACCUGACCUCUCGGAACGGCGAGGACGAACUCUUUGCGACUUGGGCAAGGCGUGCCUCGGGAAAGACCUUCAAGGAGGGUGUGUCCUGUCUGCGGCGGCUACUGACCCUCCGCGCAUCGUCAGUGUCUGCUGCUUGGGAUCUGGGUCGCUUCAAGGCAGCCAGCUACGACGUUCUUUGCCAGAAUACCUCGGCAAGGGCCGAUCGCAGGAGACAGAUGAAGGGCGGAGCCUUGCUCUGCCACGCUGGCAGCCCCGGCCAGGCCACAAGGAGAGCUCCUCUUGCUGGCCUGGCCUUCGCAGAGUGUAUCGGACCAGACCCUGGAAACUUCCAGCGCCGCCCGCUCUAUCCGAACCAAAAAUGCUUGGUGGUGCUGGCUCGAUGCGGCGGCCUGGCUUGCGAGCACAUCCCUGGAGGACGCCAGGCUGUUCUGACUCACCUGCGACGGCUCUUUCGCCGGACGCGCCGGUAUCACGACAUCCAAGGCGUUGAGCUGGCUCUCUUGGACCACUUCCAGCUGGAUCUCUCCGACAUGGAGUCAGAGGCAAAGGAGCUGGCGGACGUGCUGCUGGAUGGGAUUGGGAAAGAUGCGCAGGACUCUCAGGAGUAUGGCGCCCAGCUCCGGUUGUUGGUCGCUUUGCUGAAGAGAAAGAGCCCUGAAUGGUGGCAGCUGCCGGGAGAGCGGCUGGGGGGUCUGGCCCGGGCCCUGCGGCGGCUGAAGCGGAGCCCUCUCGCCUGCGACUUCGAUGCCUGGGCCUCUCCCGACAAGCUGAGCCGUGAACAGGUUAUAAGUUGCCUGACGAGCUGCAGGGUCAAGGGGACCACGUUCCCGCAAGUUCUGUCCAGCCUCAGGCACUGGAAGGUGACCACCGCAGACCUGCCAGGAAGGGAACGCACAGCUCUAAAGUGUGCUUUGGCCUGGCUCAAGCAGCCGCGAGUGGCCUUCGACUCGGCGGUGAUGCUUUUCUCUGGCUUAAACCUGCAGGCUAGUCCGAACGCCCUCAGUGCCUUCGAGAGCGAGGCUCUCCUGGCCCUGGGAAUUCUCGUGCGCACAGACCGCCGGGCGCUGGAGGCUGCUCUGCAGGCCCUGUCCUCAGAUCCGGUGCUCUCUGCGCCUCCCGCUGCCUGGGCCUGGGCUGCGAAAGCGCUGCACUCCAAUGGCCCUGGGCCACUACACUGGCCAGCCUGGUCUGCAAGGUUCCACAUCCCCAUGCUCCAGCUCGACGUUCCACUGCGACUCUUCCAGAAGGACGAGGACUUGAAACACUCUGUCAAGAUCCUCAACUCCUCGGAUGUUGUGGGCUUGGAUGCGGAGUGGCCACCCAAUACCUUCGGAAUCUCCAUCCUGCAGUUUGCUGUAUGGCACGAAGUUCACAUCUGGGAUCUGCAAACCCUCGACCCGGAGGUUGUACGUCGGCACUUGCCCACGGUGCUCUUCUCCCCCAGCAUCCGCAAGAUUGGCUUUUCCUUCCGGACCUCUGACUGGCCGCGUCUGGGCUGCUUCGCCGGGACCCUGCGAUCGCUGGUGGACCUCGACCUGCUGUGGGCGCGACAGCAUCCAAGCGAGCCGGUGGGUCUCAAGGGGCUUGUAGCCAAGCUUCUCCAGAAGCAGCUGGACAAGACAGAGCAAUGCUCGAACUGGGCUCAAAGGCCGCUGUCGGAACAGCAGCUUCGUUAUGCAGCUCUGGACGCUCACUGCCUGCUGCAGCUGCUGAAAGCCAUGGAGCCUUCGGAGCAGGAGCUCCUUUCGAUCCAGGUUGACUUAGACCAGGAACCGGAGACCUGCAUCGAAUCCUCGGACGAGUUGUCAGGCGUGGAGAUCCGCGUAGGGCGAGUGGAGGCUUCCUGGCCAAUUCCGGGUUCCCGGCACCUGAGCGGAUGUCGCGUCAGCCUGGGCCGAUACGGCCAGCGCCAGCUUGUGCAGGGGCUGCCAGUUUCUGCUGGGCAGCGCGUUUUCGUGAUUUGCAAUCUCUUGUCCCGCGAGCUCUGGGGUCUUCCCUCGCAGGCGGGGCUUCUAGCCGCCCGUUUCGCAGACGGUCGCCGGGCCCUGGCGGAGCCGCCUCAGAAUGCAGAGCUCGGGGAGGUGCUUGGCACAGAGAAAACAUGGGCACCUAUUGAUCUGACGCUGCCG